AUUGAUGUUAUUGCCGAUCGCUCGAUGAAUACUUUAAAAUAACGUGUUCUCAUUUUAGAACUGUCAUUCGUACGGAAUGCUCUCCAGCUAUAACAAAAUGCUAACCAAAGUCCGAAAGAUCGUAGCUCCGUUGAGACUACUCAUCACGCCAAAACGCUGCAAGUCAAUCGAGAUCAAUCCGAAAUAUGAGUUGUACAGACUGGAAAAGGGACCACCGACUUCGGCUGAGCUCACCGAGGAAGAGGCGACGCUCAUGCUUCAGAGGAUGCUGUACAUUCGGAGGAUGGAGAACAAGGCGGCGGAGCUUUACCGAGCGAGACUCAUCAAUGGAUUCUGCCACUUGUAUUCCGGACAAGAAGCAGUAGCGGUGGCAACAAGAUCUGUGAUGCAAGAGAACGACACUGUGAUAACGGCGUACCGAUGUCACGCUUUUGCCUCGAUGUUUGGCUCGACAGCUCGGCAGGUGUUUGCAGAAUUAAUGGGUAGAAAGACGGGCACGUCCAAAGGAAAAGGAGGUUCCAUGCACAUGUAUGGGCCGAACUUUUACGGCGGCGAGGGCAUUGUGGGUGGUCAGGUGCCGAUCGGUGCUGGUUUGGGAUUCGCGCACAAAUACAACGGCAACGGCGCAGUUUCGUUCACUCUUUACGGAGACGGAGCCGCUUCUCAGGGCCAGCUCCACGAGGCCUGGAAUAUGUCGAAGCUCUGGAACCUGCCAACUGUCUACAUAUGCGAGAACAACAAGUACGGAAUGGGCACGGCUACGCAUCGGCACUCGGCUAACGACAAGUUUUACACUCGCGGUGAUCUCAUACCCGGUAUCAAGGCCGACGGGAUGAAGAUAGAAGAAGUGCGCGAAGCCGUAAAGUUUGGAAGGGAACACGCACUGCGCGAAGGUCCUAUAGUCAUCGAAGUGACUACCUACAGAUACUUCGGACACAGCAUGAGCGAUCCCGGCACGAGUUACAGAACCAGGGAGGAGGUGAAAGCGAUCCAGGAAAAGCACGAUCCCAUCAAGAAUUUCACGACCCUCUUGGAAGAGAAGAAUUUGAAGAGCAAAGAAGACAUCGAGGCGAUGAGGAAGGCGAUAUUCAAGGACGUGGACACGCAGCUCGAGGAAUCGAAGAAGGACGCCUGGCCGGAAGUAUCGGAUAUAGCUGCGGACUUGUACGUGAAGAAGUUGGAAGAGAGUCGAGGGAUGGUGCCCUGGCAUAAAGUUUGACGAGGAAAACAUCGUAGUAUACGCUUCGUCGAAUCUACAAAAAAUUAUACGAUGAACGAGAGUUUAUAAACAAAAUAAAAGUUGUACAACAUGCAA